AUGGCGACAGCUACUCCAAGCCGCGAGGCUGGCCGGCCGGCGGCCUGCACGCCGCUCUCCCCGACCCGGAUCUCUCGCCUGCAGGAGAAACAGGACCUGCAGCACCUCAACGACAGGCUGGCCGUUUACAUCGAGCGCGUCCGCUCCCUGGAGCUGGAGAACGACCGCUUGAUGGUCAAAGUGUCGGAGAAGGAGGAGGUGACUACUAGAGAGGUGAGCGGCGUGAAGGCCCUGUAUGAGGCCGAGUUAGCGGAUGCUCGACGGGUUCUGGAUGAAACUGCCAGAGAGCGGGCCAGACUGCAGAUAGACCUGGGCAAGGCGCAGGCUGACGUGGAAGAGGCCACGCGCAGUGCCAAGAAGAAGGACGGGGAUCUGGCUGCGGCCGUGUUCAGGGCCAAUGGUUUGGAGGGCCAGCUGCACAAGAGCGAAGCCGCGCUCUCUACCGCUCUGAGCCAGAACGCUGCUCUCACCUCUGAGCUGGCGGAUGUCAAGAGCCUGCUGGCCAAGGCAGAGGACAGCCAUGCUGUUGCCAAGCGCCAGCUGGAGGCGGAGACACUGAUGCGCGUGGACCUGGAGAACCGCUGUCAAUCACUGAGUGAAGAUCUGGAGUUCAGGAAGGGCAUGUUUGAGGAGGAGGUGCGUGAGUCUCGCCGCCGACAGGAGCACAGGGUCGUGGAGGUGGACUCUGGCGUCAGACACGACUACGAGUUUAAACUGGCCUCGGCUUUACAGGACCUGAGGAGGCAACAUGACGAGCAGGUCUCUGUGUACAAGGAGGAACUGGAGCAAACCUUCCAGGCCAAGUUGGACAACGCCAAAGUGUCCUCUGAGAUGAAUGACAAGGCCAUGGGCUCGGCCAGGGAGGAGCUGCUGGAGUCCCGUAUGAGAAUCGAGAGCCUGGGCUAUCAGCUCAGCGCCCUGCAGAAGCAGGCGGCUGCCUCCGAGGAUCGCAUCAGAGAGCUGGAGGAGAUUCUGUCGACGGAGCGAGACAAGAGCCGCCGUGCCAUGGAGGGGAAGGAGCAGGAGAUGAGUGAGCUGAGGGAGCGGAUGAACGCGCAGCUCAGUGAAUACCAGGAGCUGUUGGACGUGAAGCUGGCUCUGGACAUGGAGAUCAACGCGUACAGGAAGCUGCUGGAGGGAGAGGAGCACAGACUGAAGCUGUCCCCCAGCCCAUCUGCCCGGGUCACCGUGUCCAGGCUAACGGGGUCUUCCUCGUCCCGCUCCUCCAAGAGGAAGAGGGUGGAGGCUAAAGGUGUGCCAGAGAAUGCAAGAGGAGAGGGGCAGCUGCUGGUCUCUGAAGAAGCCACAGCCAGCGGCGCCGUCACCAUAUCACCCACUGACAUGGACGGGAACGCAGUCACGCUGACCAAUGACACGGCUCGGGACCAGCCGCUGGGGAGCUGGAGGCUGAAGAGACGCGUCGACGACGGGGACGAGGUCGUCUACAAGUUCUCCCCAAAGUUUGUCCUCAAGGCCGGACAGGCUGUCACGGUGUGGUCUGCUGACGCCGGCGUGGCCCACAGUCCACCGUCUGACCUGCUGUGGAAGAGCCAGACCUCCUGGGGCACCGGAAAGGACAUGGUCACCACUUUGGUCGACGCUGACGGCGAGGAGGUGGCCACGAGGAGCGUCACCAAGACUGAGGUGGAGGUUGAGAACGGAGAUGAUGAGGAGGAGGAGGAGGAGGAGGAGGAGGAGGCACAAACGGGGAAGGUGUCCUCCAGAGAGUGUGCCAUCAUGUGAAGCCGCCCCGUCCCCGCUCUGCAUAGCGUUUGUUUGUUUUCCUCUGGAGAUGCCACAUAUGAUCUGUGCACUUCCUCACCUCUGUUUUUACUGUUCAGGGCAGCAUAAUAAUGUUGGACUCUUGGACUCUGCAUUUGUGGACCCAAUCAUGAUGAAUACUAGAAGCGAUCCUCCCUGUCUGCCGUUCAUUCGCUUCACAUCAUAACUUUAGUGUUGAACAAACAACGUACAACUUUUAACAAAUUUGGUCUCAGAAAAGCGCUUUUCCUCCCUAAUCAAAGCUUUACGUUUUUUCCAUUAACUUUUUAGUGUGGUUCCCAGAUAGAUUUCUUUUGUUUGUCUGUUUUCCCCCCGUGUGGCCCAACAUCUGAAAUCCCAGCUUUCCAGCUGGGGGGGGGGGGUGGAAUUUUAAUGAUGCAGUCAUGUGCACAACUGCUUUUAAAAUGUGUUUGUUCAAUGAGUCCAAAGAGCUCUGACCCUCUUAGCUGAGGUCCAGACCGCCUCCUGGCUUCUGCGAGGUGGGACGUCCGUCUAGGUGUUUCAUGGGAGGACAUGCAAACGUCAUUCCUCUGUAGAGCAGUGCAGGAUGAGCGGUGAUUCCUCCGGGGGAGACCAGUGGCCCCUGCAGGGUGCUGUGGGUGUGUCCCAUGUGACGGCACGGCGCUGUACUCCCAUGCAGAGCGGGAACGUGUGUGCCAUUUGAUUCUAAUGUGUGUACGCAGUGCUCUACAUUGCUAGUUAUUUUUUAUAGAGUGCUCAAAUAUGUAAUCAAUUUUUUACACAGUAUACUUCAUUUCUUAUUUUAGUGUUUUAUUACCUUCUUAAGAUACUGAGCGCUGCUGCUGCAGUGUUAGACUGACGGAUGUGAUCCGGCGGGCCGUACGUGUCCUGGGGGUCAAGUCCCUCCAGGUAACGUGCACAACAGUUCAGUAUACGUUUCAAAUGAGCAACCUCUUCAUGACAGCUGGAAGUAGCAUCCAGAAGGCAAAUGAAGAGUCAACACUAACACGCAGAUUGGUAAGCACACUUUAAUGCUGAGGUGCCCUUUAAACUGAAAUGAUGUAUUGUCCCUGGAGGGGCCGUCCCAUGACCCGGUCGGACCACUUCUACAUUCUAGAUGUUACUUUGAUGUUUCUGCUUAACUCCUUCAUGGUUAACUACUUUUUGUACACAAUAAAUGUUUUACAUAUACAAA